AUGGCGGAACUUAAGGAUAACCUAGGUCCCUAUAUCCUCGAGAAGGCGCUUACUGCUGACCGCACUAAGAAAAACUGCUUCGUACUCGACGUCAGUCGAGACAAAAAUGGCAAUGUAGUCUCUUCGCUGGAACACGUUGUCGAGCAGGUCGAUGAUUACCUCAUCAAUGCCUACGACCGUUCUGCUCCAGUGACCAAGCUCUACGUCGUCGGCGAGUGGAUGCCAACCCCACCGAAGAAAGAUGACGAAAAAAACACCAUACUUGAAGAGCAGAAGCGAUAUGCUAACGAGCCGCACCCUCACACCAAGCCUGAACAAGAAUGGCACGAUGCGGGCGAGCAAAUCGCGAAGCUCGUCCAACAGAUGCCUGCGCUCAAAGAAUUGACUUGGAUCUCCGGCUUGCCGUUCAUGGCUGUCAUCUGGGAGAAGCUGUCCACGUCGCUUACGAAGCUUAUCCUAGACCUUGGUCAGCCUGUUCGCCUCCAGCAAGAUGGCACGAACGAGUAUAAGUCAUAUAUCACUCCAGCAGAGAUGAGACCCCUCGUUGAGCAGACAGAGCUUGAGGAGCUUCGACUGUUCGGUAUGCACGACUCUCUCCAGUCAGUCUACUGGGAAACUGUCUUCCGCAACACGUCCACGACUGGUAUGCGUGUCCUAGAUCUUAACAUGGCAGCACCUCCAAUCGUGCGUCAAGACCACUGGCGCAAAGCUGACGACGUCCGUGGAUUGACUGUUCCAAAGGCAGAUUCCAAGGAAAAGGAGUACAAGGGCGUUGACGGAAAGGGAGUCUUGCACUAUGCCUUCGGCACCGGUGAGUAUCUCGACGACUUCAGCAUGCGCAAAGGACGUAUCGCCGCAGGCCUGGAGGAGGCCAGACCGCUAUCACUAUGGUGCCUCAAGCUUGACGGCUUCGUUGUUGAUUACCUGCCCUUCGAGCAAGAGCUGUCCCGUAUCGCACUGUUGACUUGCGGCAAGGACUGCAUCGAUAGCGGCCUGCGCGCUCCGAAGACUCCUCGUACUCCACACAAUAGGUGGGCCAAGAUGGUCAAUAACGCGACAUCCCAUUGCUUGAUCCGGUGGCCAAAUUGGACGGGAGUUUUCGACGACCGCGGUGACCAGCGCAGCAACCAAGGCGAUGUCGUCUCUCAGGAGGCAGGUCUCUCAACUCCGGCUGAAGAAUAUUCCUCAGUAUUCUCACAAAUGCCGCUGACCAAAGAGUCCCUCCACAUGAAGGAUCUUGGCGAGGCCUUGGAUGGCGCCAAUAAAGAUGAUGGCUAUUUCUCAGCUCGUCCGCUGUCCGUUCCUGAAACGGGUGGAAGACUCUCACUGAGUGUGUGGUCAAAUGCAUCGACCUGCGGUUCCAAUACCACAGCGCCUGUAGUGCCCUCGACCGCCCGAAGCUCACCUAAGAUGCCUGUGGUACCUGCUGCGGUUGGAAGUUCCCCGAUUGGCGAGAGCCUGAUACCUGUCGAUAGUGCGACCACUGCCGACUCGGUAGUCUCCAAUGAUGGCAGUUACGACCAGGUCGUACCCUUGGACAACGAUGAAGCCUCCAACAACUCUAUGUCAGCCGCGAAAAACAGCUUCAAGCAUAAGAUCAGGCGAUCCUGGGAUUGGCUGUCUGGUUCUGGUUCUCAUUCCGGCGCUGCUUCCUAA